UGAGGACCUUCCUGCAGCUAAAGAUAGGUCUCUUAGAGUUAAUUACUUUGAGCAGAACUUGAAGAUGGCCUGAUGUUCAAUGCAGGAUAAAGAAACCAUCAAAAGCAUUUGGCCCAAGGAAAACAAUGGGCCUUGUACCAAUAAUUCCAUGUUCCUGGUGAUGUUGUGUAGUUCUUUGGACGAUUGAUUACAUUAACCUUUAUUUUUAUUAUCGAAUUACACAAUUCAGACCGUGUUCAGCCUAUGCUUUUGUGUUUGUGACAAACAGUAAUUCAUCCAUCAAAAUUCGUGCUCGCUGGCAGCAAUUGUUCAGGCUUGCGGUGUUCCAAUGCAUGCCUGACAAUUUUUUUUCUUCAAAGGUAAACGGAGCGAAAAUAAGUUGACAAAUAGUAUGCCCGGAGCAGGAACACUCCAGGAUGGCCCAGCAGUUCACGCAGAAGUAUUAGGCAACAUUCAGAGUCUCCUGGUUGUUAUCAAUGAGCCCUUCUUUCCUGAUAAAUAUACACUGACUUCCACGAACUUACUACGCGAUCAAACCUCCAUUCUCCCAUUCCCAACGACUGUCUACCCUCAAGAUUUCAAACCACAAAAUGUCAAUGAAAAUGCUUUUUCAGUUCGACUGAGGUUGGCUCGAAGUAUCACGGUGACUCAUGAUAGCGAAAACUCUAUACUGAAUGCCAAAGACUUGAAGGAUAUAUCGACCAUCAAAUGCAGAGAGUGCAACGCGACUCUCAGCAAUAAAGCAUUUCCCGUUGUAAAGGAUCUACCUUCGGAACACUGGAUGGAACUGGUAGAAUGCUGGAUCUGUCAUGAAACUUCUGAGAAGGAACACAGUGGCAAGUUACAGCCCAUAAUGGCGCAGCCGAACUUGCUUCUGGUUAGCAAUACAUAUCUGCUUUUUCAUCCGGAAGACAUCCAAAAUGUAAAACUUGACAGCCAUUGUCCGCCUGUAAAUUGGGAUAAUGUGAUUGCCAUGAAAUGGAUACCCAUGGUUUGCUCAGCAUGUAACUCGGCGGUUGGUGAAAAACAAUAUCGAGUGUCACAUAAUGAAAAUGGCGCAAUACCGAAUGCAGAAGCUAUAAAGCUUUACAAGUAUGCCGUACAGAUCACUAUGAAAGAAAACCCGGCGGAUACCUUUCAAUUUGAUGCGUCAUUCCAACGUUAUGUAGCUAUGGAUUUUAUUGAACUGUUCUCGGCACAUGCAACCUAUAAAUUCUUGAUAUAUGAUCGGUCGGACGAAAGUAUACAUGGACUGAUAUGGGUCUUCAACCCCGAUAUCCAGGUGUACAACUCAGUCUCAAACAUUGGCGGUGGAUGGCAGAGGGCUAUGAAGGUGUUGUACAUCGAUAAUGAAGUAGAUACUGCUGCUGCUUCUAGACAUAUAGAAAAUUGGAAGAUAGACAAGUCGGUGGAUAAACUCACUUAUCCAGGCAAAUAUUGCAGGGAACUAUUUGCAAAGCUGGCCGAGAAUAACCUCGCUAUACCAGAACAUCUGCGAAAGGCACCUGCUGGCAGUCCCUUGGCAGAUUUUGGGUUUGCUUACUUGACGCGCUGAACAAGCCAU